AUGUCGAAUAAAAGAAGCGAUUCACCAGAUCUGAACGAUGACUUACUGAAGUUUGUCAUUGAAAAAACGGAAAAUGUGAAGUCUCCCAUGACUUUAGAAAAGUUGAGCAUGAAAUACUUUCAAUCGAUGUUGUCGGAAAGUUAUUGGAAAAGGAGGAUUCAACGGCUUUGUUCACAAAUCCAAAAAACCAAAAACAUUAAAGUCGAUACAAAAGUAAAGAUUCUAUUUGCAUUGAGUGUACCAGUCGAUAUCGGUUUUCAAGUUGAAUUAAACAAACGAGCGAUGCUUCAACUGGACGACUAUCGAAGAAUCAUCAAAUACAAAGAGAAAGGAGGGCUUGAAUUGGAAGGAAAUCAUGAAAACACGACGGACCGAAACAACGAUAAAGCUUUAGCAAUGGGAAGUUCAUUAAGAAAAUGUUCGGCAAAAACUAAUAUUUGUGAUGAUGAUGACAGUGAUACCAGUUCAAAGACAAGUGUAGAUUCUGGACGAAAUUCGAUGAAUAGUUCUUUGAAUGUACAAAGGAAAAGAAUGUAUUUCAUGGAAUCUUCUUCAGAUUCCGAAGCGGAAAACUCGAAAAUCUCAAAGAAAUCUCGUGCUCGUCUUGAGUCAAUAUCGCUUGAAAAUUGUACAAACGAAGUGGAAAUACCUAAAAAUUUCCGGAAUCAUGAGAUGUUUAUUGAAAAUAAAAUAGCUGCUACUUGUCAGAAAAAUACCCCAUCGGAUAAUGAUUGUGAAUAUUCGGAUAACAGUGAUGAUGAAGUUGACCUCCGUUCUUAUCAAUUUGAAGACAAAAUUGACGGAGAGUAUCUAAAAAAUGAUGAAACAUCGUUGCGAAGCGGAAAAAAUAAUAGUUCGAAGUCUCCCAAUUCACAAGUUUUUCAUUCAAUAUCAUCUGAUUUAGAAGGCGAUAAAGAUGCUCUAGAAAAUGAAUCGGCUAGAAGAAAACCUUGUAAAAAGCAACAAGAAACUAAUACUGAAUACCCAAGACAAAUUCAUCUGAUGGACAGUGAAUCAACUAAGUGUCAGUCGCAACAAACAAGAAUUGAAGAAUAUAGAAUUGAAGAUGCUGACAGUGACAUUGAAUUCGUUGAAGUUGUCGAGAAAUCACUUGCCGACGAAUCUACAAGUCUCAAAGAAUUUUUACUUUCAUUUCGUGGCUCAAUUAAUUCUUUGGAAACUCCCAUCUUUAAUAGUAUUAGAAGGAGAAUUAAUGACAAGAUUGAGAUUUUGAGAAAACAGGAAAAGAAAGUUCCAAUCAAAACUAUAACUCAAUUUCUCGAUACUUUCCUUCUUAAUCUGCCACCUCGGAAACAGUCAAUAACUGAAGAGUCAACAGAUCUCAGAGAUUUUUAUCUUCUUCUGAAACCGUCAGUCUGUUUUAUUCAACACUCAUUUACUAAUCAACUGAAACUGGAAUUGAACAGACGAAUUGACAGUCUUUUUGAUCAGAACACGUUUAUUCCCACCGAGACAAUAAAGUCUGCUAUAAAGAAUUCAUUGAAAAUUCUCGACUGCUGA